AUGCCGCCUGAGCUCCCCGCAACAACAUCUCCGUUGGCUUCGAUUAUUCAAUGCUAUGACUUGGCACAACAUCUGAACGGCCGUGUCGAAUUAGUACAGGAUAUUCCACUGGCCGAUUAUCAUUAUGGUAAGACGGAAUGCAUCCACAUACCCAACCUCGAUACCAAGCUGACAAUUCAGUCACAAUCCCUCCGCCCGUACCUCCAAUGCGUCCGAUCCUCCUUGACGGCGGCUCUCUCCGUAUCGAACUUCGCCUCCCAGACCUCUGAGAGACAUAAUGUCCCCGAAAUUGAAGCUGCCAGUUCCCCCGAAGUGCUUCUGAACCCGCUCACAGUGGCCCGCAAUGAGAGUGAAAGGGUCCUGAUCGAGCCCAGUGUGAACAGUGUGCGCGUUAGCAUCCGUAUCAAGCAAGCCGACGAAAUCGAGAAUAUUCUAGUACAUAAGUUUACGAGAUUCUUGACUCAACGCGCAGAGUCGUUCUUCAUCUUGCGACGUAAACCUGUGAGGGGAUAUGAUAUUUCUUUCCUAAUUACGAACUUCCACACCGAAGCCAUGUUGAAACACAAGCUCGUCGAUUUCAUUAUCCAAUUUAUGGAGGAAGUUGAUAAGGAGAUCUCAGAGAUGAAACUCUUUUUGAAUGCUCGAGCUCGAUUUGUCGCCGAAUCCUUCCUUACCCCUGUCUUCGCUUCUGGUUCGCAGUUCACGCAGGCAAACCACCAGCAACACCAUGCGCAGCCCCAAGUCCAACUCCAGCAGCAAGUCCACAGUCCACUGCCUACUCAGAUCAACCACCGUCAGCUCUAUGGUCAUCAGAUGGAGCAGUUCUUGAAUGAGCAGCGAAAGCAAAUUCAGCAGCAGAUGGAGCAGCGUAUGGCUGUUCAACGCAAGAUCGAUCAGCAGAACAUGGACAAGUCUGAGAUAUCAAAGGUGCAGGCUAGACUUGGUGCUGGAGCAUGCGAUACCCAAAACUUCCCCUUCAAGAACAUGGCAGCCGAACAACAGCCCAAGGAUUACGGAGUUGUCAAAAUCAGCAAUCUCAAGCUUCCUUACGCCGUCACUAGACACGAGAUUCAUCAGUUGAUGGGACGUCAUGCUGGCAUUGUCGGUCCUGAUCUCGGUGGUGGCAUCCAUAUCAUCAUGGAACGGUCUACUGCGAAGACUAUGGAUGCAUUUGUCGAGUUCAAUACGCAAAAGGACGCCGAAGCAGCGGCUCGUCGUCUCAGCUUCACGGAAUCUGGGCGUUAUCCUCGCCUGGGCACACGCCAUGUGGACAUCGCUUUAAGUUCUCAGGACGAAUUGAUGCACGACUUGUUUCCCCGAGCAAAGUGCGUUGAAUGGAAGAACGGUAUGCCACAGUUGCUUCCCAACAACGAUCCUUACUCCGCCGGCUUCCAAGGUUUUUUGACCAGCGAGGAGAUUCGCGGCCUCGUGUCUCACGCCCUGGUACCUGCUCGUUCGCCCUUUACCGAACGUUGCCGUCAGCGAACUUAUGAAUGCUUGAUCUCCACAUUGUGGAAGUUUCCCUGGUUCGCCACUUCGAUGUACACCGUUGCCGACAGAGACGAGCUUUAUCAAGCAGCCAUACAACAAAUUUUGGAAUUGUCUGAGAAAGUCAAACAGCGUCGUAUCAUCGGUCUCAAUGAAUCGCUGCUUGUGGAUCUCCUUCGUGCUGGUUUCAAGUGUCCCUCCUUCAAUGAACGACAGAGGUUUUGCUUGAUCGCAGCUGCUGAGAUGCCUGCAUUUUCUCCUGUCGUCCACCGGAACCACUUUCAAUAUUGGCCUUUCGACUGUCUCGUGAAAAGCAACUCUGCUAGCGAGUACGAGGUUAUGUAUUACGCCCAAUUGACUCGCAAAGCCCUUGGCACAUGCGACAAGGACAAUCUGAUCGUCCGCAACAACUGGCGCAAUAGAGCUGGUCUGAUGAAAGAAUCUCCUUGGGGACACCUGUGGGUUGAAUGGAACUUCCAUGACAAGACAACGAUUUUUGAGAUUGCCGCAAAGCUCGAGAUCCAAUUAGCUAGUGACUUGAUUAGAGUUGCUCUGCACGCCGAAGUCCAGAACGCAACUCGACCAUUCGCAGGGCCUAUGAUUCUUAGCAGCCCAAUCUCGACACAGCACAGCUUGAUUCACCAGUCUAUCACGACUCUAGAUCCUUGGGCCAAAGAGGUUACCAAACGUGAAGUCUCUAACCACGAUUCACCUUCGCCUGAAUCUUGCGAUCAGAAAAUCUUGUCAAACUCGAAUUCGGAUGAUGAGAGCCUGGUUUCUGCUCUCCGAGGCGUUCGUCUUCGGUCUGGCACCAGCUCUACUCUCUCAGGAGCAGUCAGUCAGUUUGGCUCAACUAACGGCAGUUUGGUUACUACUGAGAGUGGCAUCUAUGGUGUAUCACUUGAGAACAAGCCUAAAUAUCGGCAUCAGCAUAGCCAGUCUUUUUCGGCCGCUGUGCCCCUCACUGUAAAACCCGAUCUCAAGGGUCUCGUUCCGGCUCGUCGUAGGGAAAGCAUCUCGAUUCCACCUACCAUCCAGAGCAUCAGUGGACUCUCAGACAAUCACGACCACUCCUUGCUAUCCCGUUCUGCUAGCAGGAUGUCGCAAGCCGCUGCACUGUUCCCUUCAAAAGUUAGUGCUGAUCAAGAUGUGAAGUCGAGCGACAGUCAUAAUGUCAAUACUCUCAUGUUGCAGCACGGAAUUUGGUCGACUUCUGCAUCUGACCGCGUUCCUCUUACCACACCAAGCAAGAAUGCGUUUGCAUCCGCAGAAGGAGACAUCGUCAGUCGUAGCGAGCGUUCAAGCCGUCACGCUUCCAAUCUAUCCGUGUCGAGCCAGCAGCGAGGCCUCACCAUUCUGUCAGAGGAUGAGGAGGAUGUGUUUAGUCAAGGCACUCCUAUCAAGUCUUGA